AUGGCGCGCUUCCGCCCAAACCUGGUCGUCGCCGGCGCCGGCGGCCCCUUUGCGGAGGAUGCAUGGGGCCGCAUCCGCGUCGGCGGCGGCGGCGACAGCGACGAGGCGGCGGCCGCGUCGGUGGGGGCGGCGGCGGGGGCGCUUGAAAUGGCGGUGGUGCGGCCGUGUGAUAGGUGUGCUGUGCCGUCUGUGGACCAGGAAUUGGGUGUGAAGCGGGAGCCAAACCCGCUGGACACGCUGAACCGCUUCAGGACCGGCAAGGAGCUGGGAUGGGCGGCCGCCCGCAAGCGCUGGACCCACGCCAGCUUCUUCGCGACGUACUGCCAGCCGGCCGCCAGCGGCCCCGUGCGCGCGGGCGACACGGUCGGCGUGCUUGCGGCGCGCAGCUGGGCGGAGUGA